GGAGACAGGGGAAGAAAGCACGCGCUGGCUUUGGUUCACCGAAGGCUGGGUGGGGGAGCCGUGGAGCCCUCUGCCUUCGCGCGCGCACACCUGUAUGGAUGACCACUUUAACCUCAUCGACUCGCCCUCCGUGAGGCACCGAGGCAACGGCGAGGAGCACAGCUACGGGGAGAGGGACAAAGCCAUCAUGACAGUUGUUGCUUGUGACAGCAUGCUGGAGGAAACGACCGCGCUCCCCUCUCACCUGCCCGUGGAUCGAUAUGAACACCAGCACGAGUGUUGUGAGCGGGUGGUCAUCAACAUUUCGGGCUUGCGCUUUGAAACGCAGCUCAAAACUUUUAACCAGUUUCCGGAUACAUUACUUGGGGACCCAAAGAAAAGGAUGCGUUACUUUGAUCCCCUGAGAAACGAAUAUUUCUUUGACAGAAAUCGACCCAGCUUCGAUGCCAUUUUGUACUACUAUCAGUCGGGCGGGCGCAUUCGCAGACCCGUGAAUGUGCCCAUAGAUGUUUUCUCUGAGGAAAUCAGAUUUUAUCAACUUGGCGAGGAAGCCAUGGAGAAAUUUCGAGAGGACGAGGGCUUCAUAAAGGAAGAGGAGCGCCCCUUGCCAGAUCAUGAAUUCCAAAGGCAGGUCUGGCUUUUGUUUGAGUACCCCGAGAGCUCAGGGCCAGCGAGGGGCAUUGCCAUCGUGUCAGUGCUAGUCAUCCUCAUCUCAAUCGUCAUAUUUUGUCUGGAGACUUUGCCUGAAUUUCGGGACGACAGAGACCCAGUCACAGUGGCUCCAACAAUAAACGGAACUGGCCCAUAUGUCCGGAGUCCCUUCACAGACCCUUUCUUUGUUAUAGAAACACUUUGUAUAAUUUGGUUCUCUUUCGAACUAUUGGUCAGAUUCUUUGCCUGUCCCAGCAAAACCACUUUCUCCAAAAACAUCAUGAACAUCAUAGACAUUGUGGCUAUCAUCCCAUACUUCAUCACUCUGGGGACGGAGCUCGCUCAGAGGCAAGGCAAUGGGCAGCAAGCCAUGUCGCUCGCAAUUCUCAGGGUGAUUAGGCUCGUGCGAGUUUUUCGUAUCUUUAAGCUCUCUCGUCACUCCAAGGGCCUUCAGAUUUUGGGCCAGACUCUAAAAGCCAGCAUGAGAGAGCUGGGACUGUUAAUAUUCUUCCUUUUCAUUGGAGUUAUUUUGUUCUCCAGCGCGGUAUACUUCGCGGAGGCAGACGACCCUACCUCGAGUUUCAGUAGUAUUCCAGAUGCGUUCUGGUGGGCUGUAGUAACCAUGACUACGGUCGGAUAUGGGGACAUGCAUCCAGUAACGAUUGGAGGCAAAAUAGUGGGCUCUUUGUGUGCCAUCGCCGGAGUGCUCACCAUUGCGCUCCCCGUGCCCGUCAUAGUGUCCAAUUUCAACUACUUUUACCACCGCGAGACAGACGGAGAGGAGCACGCUCAGUACCUUCACGUUGGCAGCUGCCAGCACCUCUCUUCUACCGAGGAGCUCAAACGGACGCGCAGUACAUCCUCCCUCAGCAAGUCGGAGUAUAUGGUGAUAGAGGAGGGGAUCAAUAAUGCAUUCAAACAGCCAAACUUUACCAACCAGAACAAUCAAAACUGUGUGAAUAUCAAAAAGAUUUUCACCGACGUCUAACGCCGACCAGUUCGUUGUUAGUGAAUAUAUAUAUCAGGUCAACGUUUGAAAUUAUGUAUAAGCUUAAAUCGAUGGUAUAACCACCGUGAUGUGCAGGUGCAGAUUUUCCAUAUAGCCUACUGUACGUUAGAGGGUUCGUGUUUCUGAAUCACAAACAAACGGACUCGCCUUAGGGUUCCACACGGUGCCAACAUGUCCAGUAGUUCAGUACAGACCCAACGUGUUGCUUUAAUUUCGAUCACUGGAGGGGGUCCUAAUGUCAAACAUGAUUGUGCUCAUUUUGUAAUGGCGUUAAGUAAAUGUCUAUGUUUGCUUUCGGUGUUUCAUAUAUGAUUAUAGCCUAUAUAUACACAUAUACUCGCUGUGAGAGGUUUUAAUGUGAUAUUAUCGGUAUAUAUCCAGAAUUUUGAAAACAAAAAAACAACAACCACAAGUGUCGACGUAAACGUGAUGAAACGAUUGUUAUCGAAAGCAAUGUUAGGUAGUGAUGGUCCUGUCUUUUGUUAUUACUGUGGAAUCACACUCAAUUCAAGUAGGAGUUUGGAACGGAUAUAACUAUGCUGCCAUAACACUAUAUAAACUUGAUUUAUAAGUGAAAUAUUCUACAUAUAAUGUUUAACUUAUAACUUUAUGAAACAAUAUAUCUAAACAAACAUACAGUAUAUACCGAUGAAAUAAUGAGCAGGCUAACCGUAAGAGAUUGUCACUGUUGAAUGCACUUGGCAGCACGCUUUGUUUGCGAUUUGAUGUAUGGCAACUGUUGUAGACACUGAAACUGGCAUCACAACACGUGCUAGUCGAAGGAGGGUGGACAAAGUAAACAUGUUUCCUGCUAAACGUGGCACCGACCAGCUUCUCUCA